ACAUUUCUCCACAGCUUCCGCUGUUCUCCUGUUUAGUGAGAACGUCCAGAACUAUAAACUCUUUUUUUAUUAUGCAGUUUAUAGUAACACUUUCUUAAUUUUCCGAAAUUACAUGAAUGUUGUAUCAUGGCGAGGAUUGGGGACAUCAUUCAUCUGAACGUCGGGGGAAAAAGGUUCAGUACCUCCAGACAGACCCUGACAUGGGUUCCUGACUCAUUUUUCUCAAGUUUGUUAAGUGGGCGUAUAUCGACAUUAAAGGAUGAGACUGGGGCGAUUUUCAUAGACAGGGAUCCAUCUCUUUUUGCUACGAUCCUGAAUUUUCUCCGCACUAAAGAGCUUCACCCAAGGUCCAUAGAUGUUCAUCUGUUAAUGCACGAGGCAGAGUUUUAUGGGAUCACUCCACUAGUGAGAAAGCUGCAAUUGUGUGAUGAGUUGGAUCGCUCCUCUUGUGGGAACGUCCUCUUCAAUGGCUACCUGCCACCACCAGUGUAUCCAGUGAAGCGCAGAAACAGGCACAGUGUUGCAGGUUCACAGUUUCCUGGUGGGCGUGCAGGGCCUGUAGAGAGAGCACCUGUGAGGAGAAGUAACACGAUGCCACCUAACCUGGGCAACGCUGGCAUAUUGGGCAGAGCUGUUGUGGAGGAGCGAGUGCCAGGUCCAGUCUCUGAUCCAGGCAUGGUCCGAAUCAUAUGCGGUCAUCAUAACUGGAUAGCUGUGGCAUACACUCAAUUUGUGGUCUGUUACAGGGUUAAGGAGUCUACUGGAUGGCAGCAGGUCUUUACGAGCCCACGAUUGGACUGGGUGAUCGACAGGGUUGCACUUAACGCUAAAGUCAUGGGUGGUUCACUUGGGGACAAUGAUAAGAUGGUGGCUGUGGCAUCCGGCACAGAGAUAAUAUUAUGGGCUAUCUGUUCUGAUGGAAAUGGCAAUGAAAUCGGUGUGUUCAGUCUGAACGUCCCGGUGGAGGCUUUAUUCUUCGUAGGAAAUCAGCUCAUUGCCACCAGUCACACGGGUAAAGUGGGAGUGUGGAACGCUGUUACUAAACACUGGCAGAACCAGGACGUGGUUCCCAUCAACAGUUAUGACACAGCUGGCUCAUUCCUCAUUUUGGGCUGUAACAAUGGAUCUAUUUACUACAUAGAUGUCCAGAAGUUUCCUUUGCGGAUGAAGGAUAACGAUUUGUUGGUGACUGAAUUGUAUCGAGAUCCAAGUGAAGAUGCUAUUACCGCUUUAAGCGUCUACUUGACACCCAAAACAAGUGAUAGUGGGAACUGGAUUGAGAUAGCGUAUGGUACCAGUUCAGGCACUGUACGUGUUAUAGUGCAGCAUCCAGAGACUGUGGGAUCUGGUCCACAACUCUUCCAGACGUUCUCUGUACACCGGAGCCCGGUUACUAAGAUCAUGCUGUCUGAGAAGCAUCUCAUCUCUGUUUGUGCUGACAACAAUCAUGUCCGCACGUGGACGGUGACGCGUUUCCGAGGCAUGAUUUCCACCCAGCCUGGCUCCACCCCCCUUACUUCCUUUAAGAUCCUGUCAUUGGACGAUAUUGAUGGCCAUGGAGGCUGUGCUGCAGGAACAGAAAUAGGUCCGUAUGGUGAAAGAGACGAGCAACAAGUAUUUAUCCAACGUGUUGUUCCUGACACCGAUAAACUCUACGUGAGGCUCUCCUCCAAUGGGAAAAGGGUUUGUGAGGUGCGCUCGGUGGAUGGGACCUCCAUCACGGCAUUCGUGGUUCAUGAAUGUGAAGGAUCCAGCCGCAUUGGUUCCAGACCCCGCCGGUACCUCUUCAGUGGUCAUGGUAACGGCAGUAUUCAGAUGUGGGACCUCACAACGGCAAUGGAGAUCGCAGGAAAAGUUGAUAUUAAAGCUCUCGGUGGUCCGACUGAAGAGGAGCUUUUGGAAUUGUUGGACCAAUGUGAUCUUGCACUGACUCGAACCCCAGACAUGAGUCCGGCGGUCUCUCUCACACAUUCCUCUCGCAACUCUACCUGCAGUCUACAGUCCCAGUCGAGUGAGAGUGGCCGAGCUGGCGCUUGUUUCCGGGGUCCUAUUCCUCUUAAUGGCAGUCUGCCUCGCCACACCCCUUUAGUACCCCUCAGCAAACCACGUGACCUACCGUCCCACCUCGGCCUCAGCCAGUCCUCUCUCGCCAGUAACAACAGCCCCCAUUCAAACCGGGCCCCGCUGGAGCGGGAAAAAGACCUCGGAGCUAUCCGGAGAGGAAGCUUUGUGGAGCGCUGUCAAGAAAGAGCCAAGUGCUCCGACAUGGGCGGCCUUGAUCCUGGGAGGCGGAGUUUAGCGGUAUGCAGUGAACUUGAAGCACGACUGGGCCUCAGGAUGCAGUCUUCAUUCCCCGCCCUGCCAGCGGCCUGCUCGUCAACUCCAACGUCAUCAUCAGCAUCGUCCAUGAGAAGACCUGCUCCUGGCACACCAAGCCCCACCCCUUCCCCACUCAGUCCAUCGAGAUCACAAACCCCCGUGUCUCCGAGACGACCCGCCACAUCUCCAACCAUUGAGGCCACAGCGAAUGAGAACGGGACCGGCCAUGGACGUGAAAGCCCCGCCUCUCCACCUUCCACCAGCCCUAAACCUCAUAUGAAUGAAACUAGCUUCUGAUAAAAAAGACUAAAUUGUAAAAACAUUACGUCUGAGUGCCUUAUUAAGAGACAUUGCAUGUAAAUUAUAUAUCUACAUUCCAUAAGACUUAAAAAAAAAAGAGGAAAAGACUAACAAAGGUCUAAUUGACCAUAAUAAUUAAAUAGGAUAAAUGAUCAUUUGUAUCCAAAACUGCUGUUAAACAAAGGGUGCUGAACAUGAGACGCUUACAGUGGACUCAUUGACCUCUAUGAGAAGCUCUGUUACAGACAUCACUGGAAAAUGUGUAUAGAGAGUCAACAAAAAUUCCACACAAUGUCUGCAAGACAUGAAAGACUAUCAGCAGUUUACAUUAAACCUGACUGGAGUGGGUUGUUGUGGGUAAUGCAGAUAGUGCUGCUGGUGUGCCAUUGAAACAGUAAACAGGGGCUACUAAUGUAUACUAAAAACAUGAAUUACAUUAUGGGGUGGAUUUCCGGACAGGGCUCUCCAACCUUUUUGUGAGCAAGGGCUACCACAAUGGAUAAAACAAACUGGAGGGCUACUUUUUAUAUACUUUUAUGUUUUACUUGCUGAUUUUAUUUUAUUUUAUUUUACUUGUUGAUAUGUUUUAUCAUUGUUUAAAAUAAAAGUAGCCAAUCCAAUAUAAAUAAUAUGUAAUAAAUAAAUUGAAAUUCAAAAAAAAUAUUCAAAUUGAGGCUAUUAAUAGAAUGUGCUUUUCCCGGCAACUCCCAGACGCCAUGCGGGCAACCAUGUUGGAGACCACUGGUUUAAAUUAAUCCAGGACUAGCCCUUAGUUAUAUUAGGAUCUUUAAGCAGUUUUUUUUUUUUUAGCAAAAAACAAUACUGAUUUAUCUUGAGACAAAACAAUGGCACUGAUAUAUUUUCAGAUGCAAGAUGUUUGAAAAUUAAGGCAGCUCAAACAUGCAUUUUGGUCUGCGACUAGGAUAAACCCUGUCCGGGGAACAGCCCCUAUAAGCAUUUGUAUAUAAAAUUAAACCACAUGAUCUUGUAUUGGGAUGUCUACCAUUCAUUGUAUCUGUUCACAUGACUAUUUUUAUAUUAUGAGCUUGAAACGUUGCUGUUAAUGUACAGCUGCUUUUUAUGUUUAAAUUUGUGCUUUCCAUCGAAUACAUUGUCAUUUAUGAUUACAGAUGUGGUAUAGAUGCCAGCUAUUGGUAUGGUAUAUAUUGAUUUUCACCCCAAAGAGGAAUUGUUUAGGUGUUGCUAAAGAACCAUGAAUCUUCAUUUGAUUGAACUGAAGUUGAGUUCUUCCACAACACAAUAAAACAUCUUUGUAUUGUAAGUUUGUUUGCUCAUAACUUUUCAAAAUUCCAAAAAUAAUUUAUUUUCAUAUAAACAGCUGUAGAUGGAUAGUAUUUUUUUAAAAUAAAUUAGACAAUAAAUAGAAAGGCAUAUUACUUCAUACUUUAGCAUGAAAACACACUACAGGCAUUGUGUUUACAGUAUUAUUGUGUACUGAACUUUUGACUUCCGCUGCAUUUUUAAUAAAAAUAAAGCUUUGCCAUCACAUAAAAAAGCUUUUUUUUU